AUGGCGAAUCUUGAACAUAUUCCAAGAGCAAACAACUCGACCAAAAGAAAACAUCAAGAGCCAAAUAUCAAUAAUAAUAAUAAGAAAAAGAAGAUCUGGCCCACACAUUAUGAAAAACAAGAAUUAAUAACGGCAGAUCAAUAUUCUGACGAAGAAGACAGACUCACAAACUUGCCCGAACCCAUGAAACUUCAUAUUCUUUCGUUACUUAGCCUCAAACAGGCCAUUCAAACAUCCGCAUUAUCGAAAUCAUGGGUUUCUUCAUGGACUUCAAUCCCUGUUCUCACUCUCAAUUCCGGCUUUUUUUUUACCUGCAGCCUCUGUGAUUUCGAUAAGAUUGUUACAAAGGUUUUAGCUUGUCGUGAUAAAUCCGUAAAGUUGAACAAGUUAACCUUCAGCCGUGGUGGAAUAUCUACUAUCAAGAUUUUGAAAACAGUAUUUAGCUAUGCGCUUUCGAAUGGUGUCAAACAAGUGAGGGCAUUGAUUAAAGGUAGUAGAAACGGAUCUUGGCCAGAUUGCUUGCAUAAUACUAGCUCGGAUUCGUUAACACGCUUGAAACUAAUAAGCUGUAGCGAAAUCAGAUGCCAGUUUUUGGGACAUAGAUUGGCAUUGUUCAAGAAUCUGACUAAUCUGUAUCUAGAAAAUGCGAUUAUCAUGGAUGAUCCUGAUGCAUUCUCAGGGUUUCUGGCAUUGGAGAAGUUAACUUUGUACCAUUGUUGUUAUAAAGAUGAUAAUUUGAAUAUACGUGCUUCACAACUUUCGGUAUUAAACAUCAUGUGCUUUUAUAAUAGCUUUGAUCGUUGUGAGCUUUCAACUCCAAAACUCAGGAUAUUCAAGUUUCGGGCCAGGACUUUCCCAGUGUUGGUAACGCCUCCUCAAGCGCUUCCUGUUCUUGAUGAGGUUGUUUUGGAUUAUCAGGGAUCUGAAAACCGGAAGCAAAGUUUUCAAGAGAUGAUAACAAUGUUUUCGACUUGUCAUAAUGCCAAAUCCCUUACGAUUUCCAUGUAUGCUGUUCUGCUUUUGUCCAGGUUUUGGAAAGAAUUGGUGAAACAUUGUUCACCAUUCCGGGGUUUAAAGUUUUUGAAGUUGGAUGAGGAUGGAUUCGGUAAGAUACCUUCCGAUGUUAAAGAUUACUUGCUUCAAUACUCUGUUGAUGCAAUAAUUAGUGUGGUAUAUAUUGAGGGCAUGUUUGGCAAGAACUUUUUAAGAAAUAUUUUUGAGUUUAGCUUUUAA